GCUUAAGCAGCGGAUCUCCUUGUACGUGGCGGCGGUGAUUUCUAUUGCUCGCCUCUCAAGCAAUCAGGUUGUCACAGGACAAUACCAACUUUCCGAGGCCGGACGGGUAGACAAAUCCGCGCAGGGCAGCCACGGACAGAGAGUUCAGAAACAAAACAUAUUUCUACGAGAGGCAAAAACGAAUCCGGUCCGCACACGAGCAAGCGAGAUACCCUAUCCAACCACACCACCCACCGGGUUUCCCCUGUACACGACGUCACGAUUUGCUGGGGAGAAAGUCACGGACAUCUAAGAUCCUUACCUAUCUUCCUCCAUCAUAUCAGCCUUGUCCUUCUUGCUCGAAAAGAUAGCAGCAGGUCAUUCAUAGGAAGGCCGGUCGUCGAGUGCUCAAGACAUUUACACCUCCAUCUAAGUGCAUCGACCACACACAUCAAUCAUUAAAGAGCAAGAGAGCCCCAAUCCGACCACCACAAUGUCGAACUCCAACCCCUUCCCACCCAGCUCUUCAUCCAACGAACCAUCCCCCCUCUCCAGCAGCCCCGUCCCAUCGAGUUUCGACACAGAACCCGAGUUCUUCGAAGAAUCCCGCUCUCAAAAGCUAUGGCGCAAGCUCCGACAAGAACCCUUGAUCCCGCUCGGAUGCGCCGCGACCUGCUACGCGCUCUACAUGGCCAGCAAGUCGAUGCGCGCGGGAGACCACCACCAGACGAACCGGAUGUUCCGGGCCCGAAUCUACGCACAGGGAUUCACGCUGUUGGCCCUGGUGGCCGGCAGCAUCUUCUACAAGGACGAGCGGAUCAAGCGCAAGGCCUUCGAGGCCGCUCUGGAAGAGAAGAAGAAUGCCGAGAAGCGCGAUCGCUGGUUGAAGGAACUUGAGGCUCGUGACCGUGAGGAUCAGGAAUGGAGGGCAAAGAUCCAAGCCUCUACAAAGCUCGGUGCUGAUCAUGCUAAUCUGGAAGAUACGGUGGAUAAAGUCAAGGAUACGGUGGAUAAAGCGAAAAAUGUUGACAGGGAGCUCUCACAGGUUGAGGCGGAGCAGUCUCCUCCGUCCACGAACAAGAAUAAAUCCAGCUGGCAGUUUUGGAACAAGAGUGUGAGGGAGGAAGUCAAUGCUCAGGGUUGGGGUCCGGGGUCGUGGGCGAAGCGGACUGGUGAUGCGUGGAGGAGGUUCUGAAGUGUGUAACUCUACUGAACCGUCCCCGAAGAUGGUCGGAUUGGCAUCACUGCAUGGGCUCCAAAGCAUGAGCAUGAACAAACGAAUACCAUCAGAAAAAAAAAGGGUUAAAACAGCGACGCAGAAAUCAAUGUUGACGUCGGGUUUCAGCAUCACAUUACGACAGUGUCUUAUUGUCUCUUCUCUCGCGUCUCUAGUGACGCCUGUAUACUUGUCGAAGGAAAUGAGAAAAAAAGUCCUCACUCUGUGAA